UGAUUGUAAGCAAUUUACUUGCCGGCUGUAAUAACAGGGUCAAGAUUACGAGAUCACUACGCAGUUCGUAUACCUAUGUAUGAUGUUCCAGUUACAAAUGUCCGCCGUUGUUCUGUCAGUCAGAAGCUGCCAUGACGCGGGUGGACACGCGGAUUCCACUACAAACUGUGUCAAUUAAAUCGCGUCCAAGAACUGCAAAUUUUUGUAGAUUCUUUUCUGUUGUAGCGUUUGCGGCUGUUGCCGCUGCUGCGUAUUUUUUAUUCAGAAGAACCAGUGACUCGCUAGGGGACCCUUCCGAUCAAUUUACUGUUAAGAAUAUACCCAAAAUCUACACCAGGUUAGAAGGCGUUGAUCCUGAUGAAAGGGACGUGUUCCAAGGGUUCCGAACCUCAUUCCUGCCACCAGAAGAAAUAGUUCUUGCUCGUAAUUCGAAAGCUAAACGUGAAGUUUACGAGGGUAAUGUGACAAGUGACAUACUGAUAUGGGGCACCUCGGACAAGCAGCAUGGGACACCUACGCGAGUGAAACGCAUGAGUCAUUUUACUUUUACUUCCCAAGAUUAUGACCAAGAAAAAUCUCGCCCAAAGCGUGGAGACGUAAGCGCAGAUAACAACUAUGAUGUAGAAAGUGAAAGUGAGACCCAAGAAGAAUUUUAUGAAAUGCCCGAAACUACCGAUGACUAUAAUGAUGACGAGAAAGACAUGGAAAGCGUAGUCCGUCCGGAGCUUCACGUGGAUCGCGGGCCAUUAGACGAUGUUGUGGAACAAGUCCGCGGCCAACCGGAACUGGAGGAAGGCGAGAUGAUAUCCUCCGCUCAUAUAUACAAGCCAUCUAGGUAUUUUGCAGGUAUCCAUGCCUUCUGGAAAGGUCAAGGCGACAGAGACCAGAUAAGGGCUACACAGGCAAAUAUCAUGAAACAAUAUAUGGACGCUGAAGCGGAUCCCUGCCACGAUUUUUAUCAGUACGCCUGUGGUAACUGGGCCGCCCUGAAUCCUAUUCCAGCUGAUAAAGCUGGAUACGACACUUUUGAAAUGCUUAGAGAAAAUUUAGACACUGUAUUGAAAGAUUUAUUAGAAUUCAAAACUAAAGAGGAUGUUCCUUGUAAGUACCCGGGGCCUCACCUAGACUUAGAAGAAAACUUCUUACAACAAAUUAAACUCGAAGAUAAAAACUCGCCGAAACAAUUUUACAAUCCAUUUCUAGAUACAAUUACUACUAGCCCAAGUGAUUUCUUUAAUAACACUGAAGAUGAGUAUGAUUUUAAUGUGAACGGCAAAGCAACAAAACAAAUUGUGAGCCGCAUUCGCAGAUAUUUGGAUAAAAAAUCAAAAGCAAUAAUGAAACCAAUAUCAAAAAUGAAACGCAAAAUACGGAAAUACAUGUACCAAAAUCCCAAUCAGAAAAACGAACGAAUCAAAAGGUUUUCUAACAAGGCUAGGCCAAAGAAGAAAGUGGUAAGAAGAAAAUUUAUAAUUAGGUCAAAAGAAAUAAGAUUCGGCAGAAGAUUAUUAACGUACGGCACGAGAUAUAAGAGAAGAAGAGAUACUACUACUAAAAAGACAACAGAAAAAACUCCAACAACUGUUAAAAAAUCGAUGAAUUUAAAUAAGUCUCCAACUACAACUGAAAAACCAUGUGGAACUAAAACACAUAAGAAGACAGUAAAAAUAAUCGAGGAAGGCGAUCCAGCUGAUGGCGAUGCUGCCAUGAAAGCAAGAUUCCUCUUUAAAUCUUGUAUGAACUACGAAAUCUUACAAAAACGAGGGCACCAGCCUCUCUUAGACUUAUUAGAUUUGCUUGGAGGCUGGCCGAUAUUGAAGCCUGCUUGGAAUUCUACUAAAUUUGACUGGCUAGAACUAAUGGCAAAGCUAAGGUUAUACAACAAUGAUAUCCUAAUAUCGGAAUGGGUUGGGCCUGAUAUAAAGAAUUCUGAUGAAUUCGUAAUUCAAUUCGAUCAGACAAGUCUAGGAUUACCAACAAGAGAUUAUUUUUUACAAGAUACAAAUAAAGUAUAUUUAGAUGCGUACAAAAGCUACCUAACAAAAAUAGCAAUAUUACUCGGAGGUGACACUAGUCACGUUGAGAACAGCGCUGAUAAAAUGAUUGAAUUUGAAAUUAAACUAGCAAAAAUCACAUCGGCCCCGGAGGACAGGAGGAAUGUAUCAGAGCUGUACCGAAGAAUGUCACUGAAGAAGCUUGAAGAACUAGUGCCCCAGGUGAAAUGGAGAAGGUAUUUGUGCGUGGUGAUGAACAGGACAGUGCACUCGGAUGAAACUGUGGUGCUUUUUGCCCUUUGCUAUGUUAGGCAUUUAGUUCAAUUAAUCGAGGACACUGACCCGAGCACUUUGGCGAAUUACCUGUUGUGGAGAUUUGUGAGGCACAGGGUCAACAACCUCGAUGACAGAUUCCAAUCGGCUAAACAACAAUUUUACUUCAUAUUAUUUGGACGGGAGCAAGCACCGCCGCGAUGGAAGAACUGCGUGUCCCAGGUGAAUUCGAACAUGGGCAUGGCCUUGGGCUCCAUGUUCGUGAGGAAGUACUUCGACGAGAUGAGUAAAAACGACACUCUGUACAUGACCAGGGAGAUCCAACAAUCCUUCAGAGAACUCCUCCAUAUGACAGAUUGGAUUGAUGACAAGACUAAGAAACUGGCAGCACACAAAGUAGAUGCUAUGAUGUUAAGAAUAGGGUACCCCGACUUUAUACUCAACAAGAAAGAAUUGGACGAGAGAUACAAAGAGGUUAAAAUACACCCCGAUAAAUAUUUCGAGAACAUUCUUAAUAUACUGCAGCAUUUGACAAAGAUGGAGCAAUCGCGAAUUGGCCAGCCAGUGAAUAAGACACUAUGGAACACUGCCCCCGCCGUAGUGAACGCGUACUACAGCCGCAACAAGAAUCAGAUUAUGUUCCCAGCCGGCAUCUUGCAGCCGCCCUUCUACCACAGACACUUUCCUCGUUCCCUUAACUAUGGCGGCAUUGGGGUUGUCAUAGGUCAUGAGAUCACUCACGGUUUCGACGACAAAGGUCGUCUUUUCGACUGUGACGGGAACCUGCACCGCUGGUGGUCAGACGGCGCCAUCGAGUCCUUCCACAGGCGCGCGCAGUGCCUGAUAGACCAGUACGGCCAGUACAUUGUGCCUGAAGUCAAUAUGAAGCUAGACGGUGUUAAUACGCAGGGUGAGAACAUCGCUGAUAACGGGGGAGUGAAGCAAGCAUUCCGCGCGUACCUUCACUGGGUACAGCGCCACGGAGUCAACGGUGAGACGCUGCCAGGCCUGAACCACACGCAUACGCAGCUUUUUUUCCUGAACUUCGCACAGGUGUGGUGCGGUGCCAUGCGUCCAGAAGCGAUGCGCAACAAGCUGAAGACGGCCGUGCACUCGCCGGGCCGGUUCCGUGUCAUCGGCACGCUCUCGAACUCCCACGACUUCGCCAGGGAGUUCCAGUGCCCGCCCGGCUCGCCAAUGAACCCCACACACAAGUGUACAGUCUGGUGACCUACAAGAACCUGCUGGAAAUACAGGAACUUAAGACUUUACCCCAAAACUUGAUCGCAACGCUAUUUAAAUAGCCCAAUAAGGAGUAGGAGUAAGAAACAGAAACAGAGGUGUACGAAGUUUUAAAAAUAUAUAGAUAGAUAAUAGAUAACGGUAUGCUCAAGCGUGUUUAUCGGCAUCGUCCUACUAGUUUCGGCUCGAACCGGAGUCCUUGAUCUUAGCUGAUGCACUGUGUAAACCAUCAUCAAAUAAUUACAAAUCGCCUCACGAAAGUUAUUAUAAUUGCGUCGUCAGGAUUAAUUCUUCCUAACUACCAAACUUUUUCCUUGUAGGAAUAAAUGUAUACGUAACAGGGUCUGCCACCACGUCUUAAAGUAACAUCAGUAUGGUUUUGGACGCGAGACAGCGCCAUACACGGCACUGAAACGUAUCUAUUUCUUGUUCUUUUUUUAAAUGACUCCCUGAAUGAAUUUAAUCCUUGUGUCGCGGGGGUUUUAGAAACAUUCAAGUCAAAUCCAUUCAGACUCAGGACAAGUAUUUGUGGAUCACACAAAUGCAAGACUUCGCGCGCAGAGGUUUGGGCGUGGCAGCCUCAACCACUCGGCUAUCCGUGCAGUUAAUGACCCGCAAUAAUGUUAUCUACUUUAAGAGGUGGCGGUAAGCCUCUUCUUUAAGUUAAGUAAAUUUGAUCUACGGAAACCUUAAAGGACGUAUGACCAUUAAUUGUUAUAAUCUGAUUUAAAUGAAAAAAUAUGUCUCCAUCUCUCCACUAUAUUGUUGAACAGCAUCAGAAGCAACUCAAUUAAUUGAACUAUCAAAUAAUAAUACAAUUAUAUGAACAAAUAACUUCUUACUAAAAAAAUAUAUUGACCGCUACUGUUUUCAAUAUAAAGCAAUUAUAUAAUGUAACAAUAAUAUGUUAAUAAGGCGUAUAAUCGUUAGCCUAAUUAGGUAACAUUACUGAAUCUUGUAAGCACUGGAAUAGUGCUAAAGUGAAUUGUGAUAUUCCUCUUUUUAGUUAUGUAUUUUGUUACUAUAGACAUAUUAUAGAAUUAUUUCUAGCGGUACGUUUUACAUCAGUAUUUUAUUUAUAUCUAAGGAUUUAUAUGAGCAUAGGUUUUGAUUAAAGCAAUUUAUGUACGGAUUUUUGUUUUAGUAUACUCAUUAACCUGAUCCUAGCUCACAUGCAUAGUAUGUCAUGUUUAGAUCUUAAAUAUUUGGGCACUUUGACACUUUGUUCGCUGUCAUAAAGUAUCGAGAGAACGACGCGACUCUGCGGACUGUGCAUACAAACAUUACAAAGCUUUUUUUUUUUAAAUAGAUAGCAGUUUUAUACACUUUUUUAGCUAAGCCCAGCGGCUUGCCCCGAUAAAAAGAUAAAAAAAAAAACAUAUUUUGUCUCUUAGUUUGAACAGCUGCGAGAUAAGCGAAUUCAACGGAACAAUCAAUGAUGAGUCUACAAACUCAUCAUUUUUGUAAUAGUUAAUGUUGCAAAAAUGAUGAGUUUACAGACUCGACCGACAGUUGAUUUGCAAGUUCUGACAAUGACUUACAAAUAUGUAGG